UUGCAAAUUUCACAUCAAUGGUCCAGAACACUGGCCAUACAAGUCCCAACAUUUUGAUAACAUAUGGACUUGACUACAUGGGAGAGUAUCAAAGUCUUGCGUCACGGGUUAUUUGGAAAGGAAUAGAGUAUGAAUAUAAGAGUAUUCUUGGUUUGCUAAGACUGAUUGAUCUAUCGAGUAAUGAAUUGGCUGGAGAGAUACCUGUUGACAUGACUCGUCUUUUGGAAUUGACUCAGUUAAACCUAUCACGAAACGAGUUGAGUGGAAACAUUCCUAAAGAGAUUGGGAGCUUGACUAAGUUAGAGUCUUUGGAUUUGUCCCAUAACAAGUUUUCUGGUGCAAUUCCCAUAAGCUUGGCACAAGUGUCUCUUCUGAAUCAUUUGGAUUUGUCAAACAAUCGAUUGUCUGGAAAAAUUCCCACAAGCACUCAACUACAAAGUUUCCAUGCUUCUACAUAUACCAUGAACCAUGGACUCUGCGGACCUCCUCUGACAAGUUCAUGUCAUGAAGAUGGAACUUUGGAAGAAGGUUCUUUGGCCUCAGCUCAUGAUAAAGAAGAUGAAACGUGGUUUGAGUUGUCAUGGUUUUAUAAAGGAAUUGGAGUUGGAUUCACUGUAGGAUUUUGUGGAGUUUGUGUCAAUUUAGUGAUGAUAAAGCAUUUCAUGCAUAGCCUAAGAAAUGUGCUAUCAAAGGCACUGUGCUGA